CGUUGCGUUGUUUAUCAUUCCGCGAGGAUUUUCGUUGUCGAUCCAUCGAUCUGGUGCAACAACGACGAUUUCAGUGAACGUCUCCAAGACCAGAGACUGACCGUCGGUUGUCAUCGUGACAGCGGCCAAGCCGCUUGGCACCGUUUCGUUCGAUCGGUGGGAGUCGUUCGUUGGUGUUCAGUUUCAGCGGGAAACGGUCCACGUCGAGCAUCUUCGCGCGUUUUCCGUUCCACGUGCUCGCUGUGAUCUACAACUGUGAACGAUUUAUGCUCGCCAGAUUGUCCUGGAUUUCUAUUUCGACCGCACGCGGAACGGAUUUCUGCCCGAAAAUCGGUAACUCGGUCCUCCGCGGAAUCGUGGAUCGUCGAGAAGGAGCGCAUUCGCGAUAAACCGAGAAGAACUAUGAUUCCAAGAUUACAUAACUGGCUGCUUAGUGAAUUCGUAUGAUAUCUGCAUCGUAAUUCUACCUGAAUCGUCAUCGACCAUUCGCCGUGACCUGAAUAGUAAAUCUUGGCGGGAAUCGAUGGGACGAACCAUCCUCGUGCUUCCAUGAAAUUUAACGGAUAACUCGUUCUUUAGAGGUUUACGGGGUGCUGGAUGACGGACACGUGGCUGGUCACGUGGACAGAGCAUCGGAGAAAUCGACGAGCGCUGAUCACGGCGAUUCUUUCUCAUUCCGGGACAACGAGGAAUCCGACGCGUGACUUACGAUACGUCGGAGUAGAUUAAGAGAAAUUUCCACGUCAAGUUGUCUGUGGAAUCGGUUUCGUGAGUCAUACGCAGCUCGAGGAUCGUGCAUCGCGCAGGUGUGCUUCCGGGAAGUUGAAGAUUUGUGGUCGAAGAGCAACGAAUAGCAUACGUGGUUUCUCUGCCCGUGAAACGAAAUCUCGAUAUGAGCUGACACCGGUUCUUCAGCCGCCGGAAGUGGAAAAAGGAAUAAGUGCAGGAUGCCGGGUGAGGUGCGCGCGCAGCCCUUAUGCUCUAGCACAUACAGUGGUAGCACGAUGCAACCGGACGAGGAGAUUCAGUACGCGCCAAGGAGCCGUCCUGUCAGCUUUUACGAUAAUUUUAAGGACGUGCCCAUGGUGACACCUUGCGUGACUUCCGCUUUAAGCGCUGACAAUUUGAGUCAGGUCCGCGACAACAAUAUCAGCACGUCGAUGGCCGCGGCCAAUAACAACAAUAAUAACAAUAGAGUCAGCAACGCGGUCAGCGCUGGUAACGUCUCAAAGAUCCACAGUGCUAAAGUUACUGGUGCAGUGUCGACGGGUAACAUCGGUAGAAUCUACCGGCUCGAGAAGGACAAGGAACUAGGCCGAGCCCCGUCGAUGGCCAAUUGUUUGUCAACCACGGUUCCCGUUAAUCUGGCGGCCUCGCAAAUUGCUGGUCGACACACACCUACGAGGAAUUCCCUCAGGCACAGCAGGAUGAUCGUUCUGCAUCGUAGCGGGCAUCGACCACAGAAAUUCCUGCCGCCGUUGGUUUAUCAUUGGCGACUGGGACGGUGCUUGGCCGCGCUGCAAACGAUCAUCGGCGUCGCGGUGACAUCGUUAUCGUUAUGGUUGCUGCUCUGGGCACCUCAUCUACCCGUCGCGGAUAAUCCUUACUGGAGCGGAAUGCCGUUGUUGCUUUCGGGCAGCUUUGGAAUUUGCUUGCUGUGCUGCUUCAAGAAAGAGUAUCCAGGCAUGAGUCCUGGAUUCUGCCUCUCCUCGACCAAGGUGCUCAGUGUGUUCCUGGCGACUUUGGCAACGGUGACCUGUUCCAUCGCAUGCGUGUUCUCGGCGAUGCACCUGAUGCGCCUGAAGGGACUGGAAUGCAACCCUGCACGUCUGCCAAGCGUCACUUGCGUCUGCAGAUCGCCCGAAGGCGCGACAAAUUCCACCGAAACGGCGGUCAAAUACAUGGACCUGAACUGUCCGGAGGUCGAGAGCAUCCUGACGAUUCUUUUGAUCUUCUCUUGCACCUGCAACGCUUUCGGUGCCUUUCUAGCCGGCUGGUACACGUACCUUCACUGGAGCACCAGGAACAAAAGGCCCAAGUACAUGCAAGUGAGAACCAGCCACAACUUUGUCACCGGCAGGCCCAUAUACAAUCCGAAUCUGAACGAACGAUGACAAUUUUAUCAAGACACGGACGAGGAUGCCUCUUAUCUUCGGUACUCCUCGUUAACGAUCAACGACGGAGCGUUUUAGCUCCACGACUACUGGUACCUCAACGACAAUAGAUUACCCAAACGACAAUAACGAGUCUUAUCGAAUUUCGGUGUAAAUCUUCGAAAUGGAAGAACUGUUUCUCGACUUUGGAUUCAAAAGAUCCCCGAUCCGUUAAAAUACUUAUUAGGACAAAGUCAAUAAAUCGUGCGUACGACGUUCGUCGAAGAACGACCGCGAGGUAGGUUAGAGAUCGGAACAAGACCAAAAACAAUUAGUGAACCGAGUAACGUACCGAUCAACGGAUCUUCAGGAACGAAACGAGUCGUUGAUCGUUUACGUUAAUCGUCGUAAUGUGUUCUUAAUAUUUAUUGUACCGUGAACGAUGCACAUCGUUAAGUAGAUGAUAAGAUUUUUAGCGUGUUUGUGGCGACGAUCAAACCUUGCAUUUAACGACACGUGAAUGCACAGUGGUGUCGACGAACGUUUACAAUAUGGCAAUUACUGGACAAACCAAAGUUUCGUCUACGCGAUUGGAGCAGAAAGUGUGAACGCGGAUACAUAUCACUGAAUUGUAUUUAAUUUAGACGGAAGAAAAUUUGUCAUUUUAUCGUCGAGAAAUAUUUACACGGGGCAGAACCGGAUCGAACAAAUUACCGAAAAUGAUUUACUUCCGUAACGAAUGGAAAAUUCUAGCCCCGAACGAAGAUAAUAAUUAAACGGAUAACGGGUCACUCCGCGUGCGAUCGAUUUCCACGUGGAUCGUCAGUAUUUUAGGUGUAAUUGAUAAAUGUCUCGCGAGUGUGUGUCCGUACGUGUACGUGUAAAAGUAAAACUAUAAGACGGGGCGAAAGAUUUUUAACUUUACCGUGUACCGUCGGGAGAUCUGUCUUGGAUUUUAUACCUCAACGCGUGUAUCGCGUAAGAAGCUAGCUGUAAGACU